AUGGGCCUUUCCAAGACGCAGAGAAUCAUUGUCCUGCUGGUCAUAGACAGUGCAUUCUUCCUGGUUGAACUUAUUGUUGGCUAUGCCGUCCAUUCGUUGGCCCUAGUGGCGGAUUCCUUUCACAUGUUGAACGAUGUUUUAUCCCUUUGUGUCGGCUUAUGGGCCGUUCGUGUGGCGAAUACUGGAAGCUCAAAGAUGUACACAUAUGGAUGGCAACGAGCCGAGACCUUGGGUGCCUUGGUCAACGGGGUCUUUUUGGUCGCCCUUUGUUUGUCCAUUUUCCUCGAGGCGAUCCAGCGAUUUGUCGAACCACAAGUUGUGACAAACCCGAAACUCGUCCUGAUCGUCGGUUGCUUGGGACUAGCUUCCAACAUUCUGGGGCUCUUCCUCUUCCACGACCACAGUCACGCCCAUGGCGCAGAAGACUCUCCACAUGACGGCGAUCCGAUAAGAGUGGCCGAGGAAGGCCAUACACACACUCAUGAUGAGGAAACAACCGCUGUGGCAGACGAGACUGGCCCUGUCGAAGAUGUCCUUCCACAAGUGCGCGUCGCUGGUUAUCAGGGCUCGGAGAGAAAAGGCUUCACCACCUCCGAUGAAGACAACACCACUAUCUCUGCCAUAUCCUCACACCUGCCACACGGUAGAUCUUUUGCUAAUGGCGGCGAGGUCCACAGUCGUCAUCGUCGCAGAACGUCGGGGUCACUUGUUCGAGGCUUCGGAUCAGUUGAUAACCUUCACAUCCAUCCAGCCUCCUUUCGACAGGAUAUUAUCCAAGCGGCGCGUCUGGAAGAACAAUCGGAGUCGUCUUCGGCAGAGGAGGAAGCCCUGCUAGACGAGGACUCGCCAAACGAACGAUCGAGGAUUUUUGCAGAUAACAACGCUUCGUCUGCUAAGGGCUACGGGGGCGUCGGCAAACGGGUUAGCCAGGACUAUAGUCACUCUGCACACAAUCACACUCAACCCAAGGACGGUUCGGCCAAGGGCCACGGACAUGGUCAUGGCCAUGACCUGAACAUGCGAGGCGUCUUUCUCCAUGUUCUCGGCGACGCUCUUGGAAAUAUCGGUGUCAUUGCCUCUGCACUCAUAAUCUGGCAAGCUACGUUCCCUGCUCGAUACUACUUCGACCCGGGCAUUUCGCUCGUCAUCACCGUCAUCAUCCUCUACAGUGCGAUUCCACUCUGCAAAGCAGCAAGCCGAAUCCUGCUCCAAGCAGUUCCUGUGGGUAUCUCCAUUGACGAGAUUACUCAAGAUAUUGAAGCGCUUCCACAUGUCAUCGAAGCCCAUCAUCUCCACGUUUGGCAGCUCAGUGAUACGAAGCUUGUCGCCAGUCUGCAUGUUAAGGUGGACUGUGUUGCGCAUGGCGUCGGGUCUGCUAGUUACAUGCACCUGGCCCGCGAGAUCCGAAAAUGCCUGCACGCUUAUGGCAUCCACAGCUCCACCAUCCAGCCCGAGUUCUACACCGAUCGCAUUGACUCCCCAGGUGGCUCGACUGCCAUUACCAGUGGCUCGGCCACUGGACAGCUGAGCCCAAAGGCCGUUGGUAGUAGGAGUGCCAGUGUUCGAAGCCAUGAAACAGGGUGCCUCCUUGAUUGUGGUGAUAAAUGCGCCGGGAAUAAACUGUGUUGCCCGACGGAUGCCAGCGGGAGGAGUCAAAAACCAUGA